AUGCUUCGCCGGCCGGGUUUGCUGCGCUCCUUGCGCCUCUCCCGCGCCCUGUCGACGAGGCCGCAGCUUUUAAUCACGGGCGCUACAGGGCUGGUCGGCCAGCGGGUGUGCGACCAGCUGGAGGCGCAGGGCAUCGCUCUGCGCCGGUGCGACCGGCCGCCCAGCCAGGACGGCAACUACGUGCAGUGCGACCUGGCGGACGCCGCGGCGCUGCGGGAGGCUUGCCGCGACUGCGACGCGGUGGUGCAUCUGGGCGGCGUCUCUGGUCCCGGCUGCGUGUUCGAACCCCCGGUGGAUGCGGGCUGCGUGGCCGCUACCAACGUCAUCGGCACCAUGAACGAGAGUCCGGUGAACGCAGUGGACACUUACGCCGCCUCCAAGAUAGCCGGCGAGCAGCUUUGUAGGGCAUACGCGGCGGAGGGCCUGGUGGACACCGUCAGCCUACGACUCGGAUGGGUGUACGGGCCUGGCAGGACCACCGGGUGUGACGUCCGGGGCUUGCUCCAAGGGGAGCCUUCCAGCCUCGACCCAGCGCACGCUCGCAACUACAUCUAUGUCGAUGAUGCCGCCACUGCCCUCAUCUCGGCAGCGGUCCGGCCGGACCCCUUUGCAGGGAUGGCUGUGAAUGUGAGUGGUGAGUACGUGGCGCAUCAAGAGGUUGAGCAGGCCGUCGAGUCUUUAGGAUGCGCCGUGGAGCGGCAGCAUGCGGCUGCACCGGACCCUUUAGUGGGCAAGAUGGACCUCACCAGAGCCGCCGCCGAGUUGGACUGGCGGCCCCGGAUCAAGAUUGAGGAGGGCGUGAGCAAAUAUGCGAAACACCUUGGCGUGUUUGCUUCGAGGCGUCGGACGCCGAUCUAA